CAUUGUCAUUGUCAUUCAUUAGUGUCAUAGGUAAAAAUAAAAUAAUAAAAACGUAAUACUUACACAAGAAAAUUUAUUCAGUUUAAAUAGAAUAUCGCCCUUCGGGGUGUAAAACUUGAUUGAUAGUGCAAAAUGUCGUUAAGAGCCUUAGGUAGUCGUUUAUUUAAAAAUGGUAGUGUACUUAUUCGUAACACACGAAACAAAAGAGAAUUCAACACCAAAACUAUUGCCGACAAAAUUAAUGCUGCUGCUUCACAUACUCCUCCCAGUAACUUCACCAGCAAUCAGGUAGUACCUCGAAGCUUCGCUUUACGAAAUGUCGGCGUGCAAAUUGGUCUUCAAGCUCGAAGAAUAUUAAUUGACAAUGUUCUAAAUCGAGUAACUAAUAGCUUAGCUGCGGAUCUUAGAAAACGGGCAGCUAGAAGGAUCCUGUUUGGAGAUUCUGGACCAUUUUUUGCUUUAGUUGGAGUUAGCUUAGCUUCUGGAACAGGCAUUCUUACCAAAGAGGAAGAACUGGAAGGGGUAUGCUGGGAAAUAAGAGAAGCUGUUUCAAAAUUAAAAUGGCACCAUCAAGAUAUCGACCUCGAUGAAACCCGAUUCGAAACUUCUCCCGUUAACCUAGACGAUCUUUCUUUCGGCAAACCCUUGGCCAAGGGGGCAAAUGCUGUCGUGUAUGCUGCAAAUCUGAAAAGCUGUGAUUCGAACGUUUCUGAACAGAGUACUGCUUUAAUUGAUAUUAAAGACACAGAAAGCGAUGAUACGAAUAAAUUUCCACUCGCUCUGAAGAUGAUGUUUAACUAUGACAUUCAAUCCAAUGCGAUGGCCAUAUUAAAUGCUAUGUACCGAGAAACUGUACCAGCUAGACUGUAUUACAGUAACAUUGGUAUAUCAGAUUGGGAAAUUGAUUUAUCAAAAAGGAAUAGACAUUUACCACCCCACCCAAACGUAGUCGCCAUUUUUUCGGUAUUCACCGACUAUGUACCUGAAUUGCAGGACUGCCGUGGUCUGUACCCUGCGGCACUUCCAAGACGGAUUCAUCCAGAUGGAGAAGGAAGAAAUAUGUCACUGUUUCUGCUGAUGAAAAGAUACAGCACCAAUCUAGAAAACUUCCUACGAACAUCUCCACCGUCCGUGAGAUCAUCUGUACUUAUCUUUACUCAACUCCUUGAAGGUAUAGCUCAUAUAAAUGCGCACGGAAUAGCACAUCGCGACUUGAAGAGCGACAAUUUGUUGCUGGAUACUUCUGAACCAGAAGCUCCGAUGUUGGUGAUAAGCGAUUUCGGCUGUUGUCUUGCUGAUAAAGCUAAUGGUUUAAUGCUACCUUAUACAAGCUACGACGUUGAUAAAGGUGGCAAUACGGCCUUGAUGGCACCAGAGAUAUUGUGUCAGGUGCCUGGUACUUUUAGUAUCUUAAAUUACACCAAAUCGGAUCUGUGGGCUGCUGCAACAAUAGCAUACGAAAUAUUUGGAGCUAGGAAUCCAUUUUAUAAAAGCAACGAUCAAAUUUACUUAAAAAGUUCUGGUUACAAAGAAGAAGAUCUGCCCGCUCUGCCAACUGAAGCGCCAUAUAUUAUAAAGAUGUUAAUCAAAAAUCUACUACAACGAAAACCUAAUAAGCGUCUUAAUCCAGAGGUGGCUGCGAAUGUUUGCCAGUUGUACUUAUGGGCGCCAAGUUCAUGGCUAAAGGCAGAAACCAGAAAGUUGCCUUCUAGUGCCGAGAUUUUGCAGUGGCUCUUAAGCCUCACGACCAAAAUACUCUGCGAAGGCAGGAUUGCUAAUAGACGCUUUUCCCAAUCUGCCCAGCCAGACUCGGAGCAAGCUAACAUGGAAAAAGGUGGCAGGCGAACUUACCCUGAAUAUCUUCUGAUAUCCAGUUUCUUAGUAAGGGCUAAGUUAUCGAACAUAAAAUCCGCUCUGGCUUGGAUCCAGGAGGUUAACGAAAAUACAAUAUAUUACUAUUGAAAAUAAAAUAUCAAAUGGUCAAUGCUUAUAAAGACUGUUGUUGUUGUGAUUAAUAAUUGUGUGAGGUUAUGCGGUGUAAUAUAUCUUUAUGAAAUAAAAAAUAUAUAGAUUUUUACAAA